UCCCCCCGCACCGACCGAGAGAUGGCCGCCAUGACAGCACAAGGAGUGUGUGAGACCCAACUUUUAUCGCGCGUUUUCUCCUCGCAGUUCACGCGACACCUGGAAUAUCACCACUUAGAUCGUCAGUCAAGGGUUUGUUCAGGAUAAUCCAAUCGCCAGCAAGUGCACCCUCUGCCCAGAAAUGACAAAAAAUAGCCAAGAGAUGGAAAGUUUCGUAUAGCGACAACGCUUUCCUUUCAAAAAAGUCUUCGUUUUUGCCAUCUAGUAGCAUUGAUACCGACCAAUGUUGCCCUAGACGCGAAGUGCAAUUCCUCGUCCAUCUCACCGACAGAAGACAGCGCGUGAUUCUUCCUUGCCGAUCGGACAGCACCGGUGGAAGUUGGACGGAGAAGCACAACUUUUCGACCAGGAAGCCAUUUUGCGAUGGUGGCGAGCGCAGAAGCCUGGGGCGCUUCCGAUCACGUCCGCAAUACAAGUAUAAGCGUGGUGCAGCACCGCUGAGCGUCUCAAUCCUCUGUACUCGUUUCAUCGCAGAAUCGACGACAGCAGACAUGGCAGACACCGCAGCUUCUCCCAAGAAGGCCGCCAAGGCGAAGAAGCCCAAGGCACCAGCAGCCCACCCACCAUGCAGUGACAUGAUCACCGCGGCCAUCACCGCUCUGAAGGACCGCAAGGGCACGUCCCUGGCGGCCAUCAAGAAGUACGUGGCGGCCAACUACAAGUUCGACGUGGACAAGCAGGGCCAUGUCCUCAGGCGCACCCUGAAGCGCAUGGUGGAGAAGGGCACUCUGACCCAGCCCAAGGGCAAGGGCGCCUCUGGCUCCUUCAAGAUCAGCGCUGCCGCCCAGAAGCCAGCCAAGCCCAAGAAGAAGCCCGCCGCCAAGAAGCCUGCCGCCAAGAAGGUGAAGAAGGCCAAGAAGCCAGCUGCAAAGAAGCCUGCGGCCAAAAAGGCAAAGAAGUCUCCCAAGAAGUCCACCGGAGGCAAGGCCCCCAGGAAGCAGCUGGCCACCAAGGCCGCUCGCAAGAGCGCGCCGGCCACCGGAGGUGUCAAGAAGCCCCAUCGUUACAGGCCCGGCACCGUGGCCCUCAGGGAGAUCCGUCGUUACCAGAAGUCCACCGAGCUGCUCAUCCGCAAGCUGCCCUUCCAGCGCCUGGUCAGGGAGAUCGCCCAGGACUUCAAGACCGACCUGCGCUUCCAGAGCUCUGCCGUCAUGGCUCUGCAGGAGGCUAGCGAGGCCUACCUGGUCGGUCUCUUCGAGGACACCAACCUGUGCGCCAUCCACGCCAAGCGUGUGACCAUCAUGCCCAAGGACAUCCAGCUGGCCCGCCGUAUCCGUGGCGAGCGUGCUUAAACACCUAGCCUGACCCAAGUGACCCCGGCCCUUUUCAGGGCCACCCACAUUUUCCAAAAAGAACGAUGUUGUCACAUUAUCCCUGUAGUUCUGUUAAGAUUAACCCGUGCAACACUACCAUCACACAAAGGUUCCACAAGAUUUCACGCACUACAUGUGUAACUUGGGAAGAGGAGUCAAAUGAAUCCUUUCUGCACAACGUAGCUUCUCUCCAAACAGGUUAUGCUCCGGCUGAUACUAACAUUGAUGCUCCGGCUGAUACUAACAUUGACGCUGCCAAAUAUGUCUAAUGAUAUGAUAUUUUUUGUAACUUUGAACACAAAGUACUGCUGCCACCAUACUGAAAACCCUUUACAUAAAAAAAAAUCAUUGAAUUUCAAGAUCUUGGCUUGCAAGUCACGCGUUCGCCUGCAACCGCUUUAGUGCUUUCUCGUAGGUCCGUCGACAUAAUAAAUUUGCCCAACGUGAUGGGCGUGAGCCGAAGUUUGAAUUUUUUGGUCGAGUUUGGUCUCAUCAAACACCAUACAAAUCUCCUUUCGGAGCCGUCGCUAGUACGUGCAACAUGCCUACUAUCACAAAGGAU